ACCUCUUCCGAACCUGUCGUGACAAAGCCACUCGUUAGACAACCUUGGAACAAGCACGGAAGUGACGACCCGGCCCAACUCUAAUCUGGUCGUGUUCAAAUUGCAACAAAUACACACACACACACACACACACACACACACACAUACAUACAUCGGUUCUCCAUCAUCCGCCGUAGUCAGCAUCAUGGCCGACCAGCUACUGGAGCAAGUGCGUGACGCCGUAGAGGGUCAGAUUGACUUUGAGGGCCAGCGACUCGCAGAGAUGCUAAGUACAGUGUUGCUCGGUGCAGCUGGUAUUCUGGCCUUUGUCAUCGGCUACAUGCAACAAGAUAUCCGCCUCGCCCUUUACGUUGGCCUCGCCGGCACCGCUCUCACCUUCCUCGUCGUUGUGCCACCGUGGCCUUUCUACAACAAGAACCCAGAGGACUGGCUGCCGCCGCACAACUCAACGUCACAGUACAACAUUGCCGUAGACGGGCAGAAGGUGGGAUAGUCAACAUAGUCAUAGGGACUUCAUCAUGACAAUGGGACUUCAUUUCAAUCAUAUCCACCUAUGCUACUACAUCAUGCUCUCGUAGCCCUGUUGUAAAGGCCGUACUAACGCCAGACGUCCAAACGAAACAAAAAUACGUGUCCUCGGUGAAGCCAUUCUCCCUAUAGCUACUUGUUGCGAGCGUCUAUCGGCCGUACUUCUGGAAUUCCCAGUCUCGGUUGUCGAGCGGGCACACUUGUCGGGUCUUGAGCCAUCGUGAGAUGCAGUGGAAGUGGAAGGCGUGCUGGUAUAUGUUAGUUGAUGAAGAAUGGAUUACAGCAACCAUAC